AUGACAGAGUCUUUUCAGAAGCUGGAGAAGAUCGGAGAGGGAACUUACGGAGUUGUCUACAAAGCAAGAGAAAGAAAUACAAACAGAAUAGUUGCAUUAAAGAAGAUAAGGCUUGAAAACGAGAACGAAGGAAUUCCUGCUACUACAAUAAGGGAAAUAUUACUCUUAAAAAACCUAAAGCAUUCAACUAUUGUCGAGCUGAGUGACGUAAUCUAUAAUAACAACAAAAUGUAUCUUGUAUUUGAAUAUGUAGAACUAGAUCUCAGAAGAUACCUGGACAAAAUGAAUGACGAAGGACGACCUGUUGACAAGAACUUCGUUAGAAAAAUGUCCUUUCAGCUGUUAACCGCAAUGGAAUAUUGCCAUUCAAGAAACAUUUUUCAUAGAGAUUUAAAGCCUCAGAACAUUCUUAUAGAUCCUCAGGAAAAUAUCAAGCUUGCCGAUUUUGGACUUGGAAGAGCUGCAGGUGUUCCUCUAAGAACCUAUACAACAGAAGUGGUAACACUUUGGUACAGGCCUCCGGAACUACUUUUGGGAUGUAAAUAUUAUGAUGCAUCUGUAGAUGUAUGGAGUGCUGCUUGCAUUAUAUCCGAAGUUGUUCUUAUGAAGCCUUUUUUCCCAGGAGACUCGGAAAUAGACCAAUUAUUUAGAAUAUUCAAGGUCCUUGGGACUCCAAACAACUCGAGGUGGUCGAAUGUAGAGAACUUUCCAAACUAUAAAGUAGAAUUUCCGAUUUGGAACCCUGUCGAUUUAAAGACGAUUUUCAAGGCAGAUCCCGACUUCAUCGACCUUAUUUCGAAUAUGCUUGAGUACGAUCCAAGAAUGAGAAUGACUGCUAAAAGUGGUUUGUCUCACAGAUACUUCAAAAACAUGGUGCCUAUACUUGGAUGA